AUGUCGUGUAGGCGUUGUAGACCAUACGUCCGCCAUCUCCGCCUCUCUGCCAACAGGGGCUACUCCUCCGAGUCGGAGAUCCUCGAGCUCUGCUCCUCGGGCUGCCCCUCGCAGGCGCUCCGCCGUCUGAGAUCCGUUGAUCCAGGCGGCGGAGCAGCCGAGUCCCCGCCGCUCGUCUACGCUUCCCUCCUGCAAUCCUGCACCAGGCGCUUCUGCUUCCCCUCCGGAGAGCAGCUCCAUGUUCACGUCCUCAAGUACGGCCUCGACUCGGACCGCUUCGUCGGCAACAGUCUGCUGGCCCUCUACUUCAAGCUCUGCCCAAACUUUGACUCCACCCGGAAGGUGUUCGACGAGCUGCCCCAUAGAGAUGUGGUCGCCUGGACCUCGAUGGUGUCCGGCUAUGUCCGCGCCGGCAGGCCCCGCGAGGCCGUGGGGCUCAUCAAGGAGAUGUGGGCUCUGGGGGUUGACCCCAACGCCUUCACUCUGUCGGCCGCCGUGAAGUCCUGCUCAGAGAUGGGCAGCAGCGGCGGGGGCGGCGGCCUCCUGCUGGGGAGGAGCUUCCACGGGGUCGUCUUCUCGCUGGGCUAUGACUCGAACCCCGUCAUCUCCAGCGCGCUGAUCGACAUGUACGGCAACAAUUCGUCCCCGGAGGACGCUCUCCGCGUCUUCGAGGAGGUGCCCUCGCCGGACGCCAUCUGCUGGACCUCCGCGAUCUCGGCGCUCACCCGCAGCGACCGAUUCGAGGCGGCGCUGUGGGUCUUCGUCUCCUCCGUACGGAAGAGGCGGCGCCGCCUGUUUCCCGAUGGGUUCACCUAUGGGAGCGUGCUCACUGCUCUGGGUAACCUGGGGAGGCUCCGCCAGGGGAAGCAGGCGCACGCCUUGGUGAUCACCUCCGGGAUCAGCGGGAACGUCGUCGUCGACAGCAGCGUCGUCGACAUGUACGCCAAAUGCGGCUCCAUGGCGGACUCCCAGCGGGUUUUCGACCGCAUGGCCGUGAAGAACGCGAUCUCCUGGUGCGCCCUGCUGGGGGGAUACUGCCACAGCGGGGACUACCACUCUGUGCUCCAGAUCUUCCGGGCCAUGGAUAAAGAAGACGACAACUACAGCCUCAGCACGGUUCUCCGCGCCUGCGCUGGGCUGACGGACGCGCGGCGCGGCAAAGAAGUUCAUGGCCAAUUCCUGCGGACGGGAGGUCGCAAGGACGUGAUCGUGGAGUGCGCCCUCGUCGAUCUGUACUGGAAAUGCGGACUCGUAGAUUACGCACACCGGAUGUUUGAGAAAAUUCCCAACAGAAAUCCGAUCACCUGGAACGCGAUGAUCUGUGGGUUAGCGCAGAACGGAAGGAGCGCCGAGGCCAUGAGCCUCUUCGGCGGCAUGGUGGCAGCGGGGGUACGCCCCGAUUACAUCACCUUCAUCGGGGUGCUCUUCGCCUGCAGCCACGCGGGGAUGGUCGAGGAAGGAAGGCGGAACUUUGGGUUGAUGAGCGACGAGUACCAGAUCAGCCCCGGAGUAGAACAUUACAACUGCAUGGUGGAUCUGCUGGGCCGGGCAGGUUUCCUGGAAGAGGCCGAGGCGUUGAUUAAAGACUCGUUCUUUGCCGAAGAUUCGUCCCUCUGGGCGGCGCUUCUGGGCGCCUGCGCGACGUACUCGGACCCGGCGGUGGCGGAGCGGGUGGCGAAGAAGAUGAUGCAGCUGGACCCGCACUGCCAUCUGAGCUACGUCCUCCUCGCGAACACCUACAAGACCGUGUGCCGCUGGGACGACGCGUCGGAGAUCUUGAGGAGGAUGAAGCAGAUGGGGAUAAGGAAGACCGAGGGCAAGAGCUGGAUUUAA